GAGAUAAAAGGAAGAACGUGGCUAGAGCUACUUAGCUUCAUUUUUCAGGACUCAAGGUAUAUUUAGGCCGCCGGCUUCACUUUCUCAUAUUUUUCUUCUUUCUGGGAAGUUGCAUAAAUAUGUGCAUGGUUAAUUUUCAUUUUUUUCCCAAUGUUAUCUCUCUCUCUCUCUAUUAUUUUAUUUUAUUUUUUAAUUCUUUCAUCUCAUCAAGGAAUGAAAUUAACAUAACAGAUGUGGAGAUAAUUUGAUAACUCUUGGUGGGAGUCGGGUCGUCCAUUAUCCCCUGACAAAUUCGAAAAAUAGGAUGUACCCUCCGCCUGGCAUGUACAAUUACCCUCCGCCGCUUCUGCUGGUGAACUGCUCCAACUGCCACACCCCCUUGCAGCUGCCGCACGGCGCCAGAUCCAUCUGCUGUGCUGUCUGCCGUGCCGUCACACACAUAGCUGAUCCUCGCUCCGCGCCUCCAUCAUCAUCAACAACAACGCAGCUAUCUCCGCCUUCGUCUACGCACACGCCUCCUCCUCCUCCUCCUCCCGCGCCGUCCCCUUACAACCACGCUCCGCCUGGUCCGCCUCCCAACGUGCACGGACGGAAGAAGGCCGUGAUCUGUGGGAUCUCGUACCGCUACUCCAGUCACGAGCUUAAGGGUUGCCUUAAUGACGCCAAGUGUAUGCGAUAUCUUCUCAUCAACAAAUUCAAGUUCCCUAAUGAGUCGAUUCUCAUGCUCACUGAAGAGGAAACGGGCCCCAAUAGGAGUCCAACUAAAGGAAACAUAAGGAUGGCCUUGUAUUGGCUUGUACAAGGUUGUCAACCUGGAGAUUCCUUGGUGUUUCACUAUUCUGGUCAUGGUUCACGGCAAAGGAACUAUAAUGGCGAUGAAGUUGAUGGGUAUGAUGAAACUCUAUGUCCACUGGAUUUUGAAACUCAGGGUAUGAUUGUUGAUGAUGAGAUUAAUGCAACAAUUGUAAGACCUUUACCUCACGGGGUUAAGCUUCAUGCCAUAAUCGAUGCUUGUCAUAGUGGCACUGUCCUUGACUUACCUUUCCUUUGUAGCAUGAGCAGCACUGGACAUUAUGGAUGGGAAGACCAUCGCCCAAGGUCAGGUCUAUGGAAAGGAACAAAUGGUGGAGAAGCAAUUUCCUUUAGUGGUUGUGAUGACAACCAAACCUCUGUUGAUACUUCUGCUUUAUCCGGGAUCACGUCUACUGGUGCAAUGACCUUCUGCUUUAUCCAAGCCAUUGAGAGUGGGCAUGGCUCUACAUAUGGAAACAUUCUCAAUGCAAUGCGUGCUACCAUUCGUUCUGCAGGUGGUGGUAAUGAUUUUGGUGGUGGUACUGUUACAACCCUCCUCUCAAUGCUUUUGACAGGAGGCAGUCUCCCUGGUGGGCUUAGGCAGGAGCCACAGUUGACUGCUUGCGAGCCAUUUGAUGUGUAUAGAAAACCUUUUACCCUAUAAAUUUUUUAAUUUGCGUUUAGAACCUAGAGAUUGGUUAUACUUGUAUUUAAAUUGAAGGGAUUGAGCUUUACUCUUGAGCUCUUUCCUAUCUCUAUAUAUCUGCAUUAUUCUUAAUAUGCCUAUUUCCAUGAAGUGAACUGCUCAAGUCAUGUUCCUACGAAAAGACUGCUGCGGUCUUGUUCGAGUGGGAUACACCCUCUGGCUGAGCUACAGUCUUGGUAUGUAUGAAGAUGUAAAUAAUAUCCCAACUCGUGCAGGACAUUAAGUGUGAAAUAAAUAUGGACAAAGUUUAAAAUAUAUCAUUAUUCAUUAAUAUAUGUUACUAACAGUA